AUGAUCUCAUCUUUGCCGCUGCAAGUGCAACCAUCCACCAGCGAGAUGCAAUCGACGAGCGUUUCACUCAAGAAGGACGAUAGAGUUCCUCAGUGGAGCCAUCAAGAGACGAAAGAUUUUAUCGCGAUCAGAGCCGAAUUAGAGAGGGAUUUCACUAUUACGAAGCGAAACAAGACGCUGUGGGAGAGCGUUGCAGUAAAGAUGAAGAAGAGAUGCUAUAGAAGAAGCCCUAAUCAGUGCAAGUGCAAGUGGAAGAAUCUCGUUAAUCGAUGCAAGGGGAAAGAGACAUCUGAUCCAGACAAUGGACAGCAAUGUCCGUUCUUUGAGGAGCUACAUGCGGUUUUCGUUGAAAGGGAGAAGAAUAUGCAGAGAUUAUUGGAAUCAGAGGUUGGGAAUGUGCAGGCGAAGAAGAAGGUGAAGAAGCUGAGUGGGGGAGAUCGAUCUUCUGAUGAUUUCUCAGAGGACGAUGAAGAGGAUGAAGAUGAAAGCGAAGAUGAGUGA